AUGGCCAACAAACUCCCCCUUGUCGCCAUCUCGCUCGGCUUCUGCGCCGUCUUUUGGCAGCUGUUUCUUCGAGAGGUCCUCUUCAACGCCGUGGGUUUGGGUCGCACGGUGCAACCCGUCACAGACUUCCCAUACCAAUGCCACCGAAUAAGCGGCGACCCAAAUCUUCAGGCCUGUGAGGAUAUGUGGCUGGAUCGGGGAUCCAGAACACUAUAUCUGGCAUGCUCGGAUUCGCUGGCGAGAAAGGAGUGGAUGCCAAAUAUUCAUCGUCUCAAUGCCUCCGGCCGAGCGUUGCAGGACCAUAUCGUCGCCAUGGGCAUCGACAGCCCGACCAGCUCAGGAGGCUACACCUACCGUGUUCUCAAGACGCAGGGUUUCUCCGGUGUCCACGGCGACGGUCGUAUUCAUGUCGUCGGCAUGACCGGCACCACGUCUGCAGAUGGAUCCAUCGUUCAGUUGUGGUUGAUCAACGCGAGUCCCUCUGUUGAUUCAGAAACGGGAGAACUGCUCGACAAUGCGGUCGUUGGGGGCAACUCAACCAUCGAGGUCUUCGCCACCGCACCGCGUUAUGCUAGCAUGAAGCAUGUCAAGACGUAUGCUAACUCCCAGAUUGCGACUCCCAACAAUGUCGCUUUGACAAAAGAUGGCGGUUUCUUCUUCACGAAUGAUCACGGCCCUCACAAGGUUGGUUUGCAACAUCAUCUAUCUUCCUUUAUUGGCACAGGGGACGUCUCAUACUGCAGCGCAGCCGGUGUUUGCAAGAAGGUCGCCUCUGGGUUCAAAUUCCCCAAUGGACUUCAUCUCGGGAGCGAUGGCCUUCUCUAUGUGCCCAGCGCGGCUGUUGGGGGCAUCGCCGUUUUUAAACCAAAUGCAGACGGUUCUGUGGUCAAGGUGCACAAGAUCGACCUUGAUUAUCCCAUUGACAACCUCUCUGAGGAUGCCACUGGAGAUAUCUUUGCCGCGACUCUGCCUAAAUCGCUCAAAAUGUUGGCUGGGUUCGACGAUCCACUCAAUCUCAAAAGCCCUCCGGCUACUGCAUGGCGAAUUCGGAGGUUGAACAGAGAGAUCCAGGACAAGUAUGAGUAUGAGCUGACAAAAAUCAUCGAGGACGUGGAGGGGGAGGUGUUGCCUGGUACGACGACUGUGAUCCACGAUGCCCAGACCGGAACAUUGUUCUUGAGCGGUAAGUGA